AAACUUCAAAAAAAUGUUUAGAAUACUAAAAUGAGCUGUUUGGUACUACCUGCAUACUAGAUACUCGUGUAGAUACAGUAUCGUGACAUAAUACUUUGAUAUGUUAUCGCGAACAGCUGUGAUACAUACCUAUAGAUAAAUUAGUCAAAGAGCAAAGUUCUUGCAAAUAGUACGUGUGAUUCAUUUGUAUUAAUAUUCAGUUCCUUUACAGAAUUCAUAAUGAGAAGUGUAGUGGACUGUAGACGGUGAAGGUGUGAAUAUGGAUGGUUGAGUGUGAUCCAGUGUAGCGUUGUAGUGAGCUAAAACAAACAGUGCAGUGAUGUCAGUCUUCUGUGUCAAGUGGUUGGUGCUAUGGUCGCUAUGGGCUGCUCGCCUGGUCCGCCAACCCACAGACACGCUGCAGGUCAGCAAUGGCCCUGUGAGGGGCAGCAUAUCCCCUGACGGCACCUUCAAGAGCUACCUCGCCAUACCCUAUGCUACCGUUCCACAUCGGUUUCAGGCUCCAGGUCCAGAACCGACGUGGGAGAGUACUUAUGAAGCGGUGAAUGAAAACGUGCGAUGUACGCAGAGCGUCGAGGACUCCUUCACGGUCGGUACUGCUGACUGCCUCUCCCUGAACGUGUUCACUCCCAUCGACGCCAGCCCUGACUCCAACCUGCCAGUCAUGACGUUCAUCCACGGAGGAGGGUACUUCAAAGGCUCAGGAAACAUGAUCUUCUACGGCCCGAGGUACUUGGUACCCAAAGGUGUAAUCCUUGUCACGAUCAACUACAGGCUGAAUAUACAAGGCUUUCUCUGUCUUCGCAUCAAAGAAAACCCGGGCAAUGCAGCUAUGAAGGACCAGGUUGCUGCACUUCGGUGGGUGCGAAGGAAUAUUAAAAAGUUUGGGGGCGAUCCCGAUAACGUCACAAUUUUCGGGGAGAGCGCUGGAGCUGCGUCCGUCUCCUUCCAUCUCUACUCUCCAAUGUCGAAGGGACUUUUCCACAAAGCCAUUACUCAGAGUGGGUCGGCCUUGGCUGCGUGGGCGUAUCAGUACAAACCAGUGUACCUGGCCAGUUUACUGGCUAAGGUGAUGCUGUAUGAGUCGCAGGAUCCACACGAGCUGUACAAGUUCUUCAUGACAAAGUCUGACGACGAGCUUAUCUUGACCCGGGUACCGAGGGCAGAGGGUAAUACUGUCAUCUCUGAAAUAUUGUACACGCCAUGUGCUGAAAUACCAAUAGAAGGGGAAGAAGCAUUUCUGUCAGAGCCGCCAUUCGAGCUGCUGGAGAAAGGAGCGUACAAUAAAGUCCCCGUCAUGAUAGGUACUAAUAAUGAAGAAGGUUUGCUGAUCAUCAGUAUGGAUAACAGCACAAUGAUACCUCGGCUGGAAUUUGAAAAGUCUCUGCCAAAGAAUUUAGAAAUCCCAGACAAAAAGACUAAACAAGAGGUUGCAGCAAAAUUGCAAAAAAUGUACAUGGAAGGAGAUGAUAUUUCGAUGGAUUCAAUAGUGAAAAUAUCGAGAUGGUAUGGUGAGCCGAAUUUGAACUAUCCUUCGUUGGCUGAGACGGAGAUGCUGCUAAAGUCGUCCGCUCAGCCAGUGUACAACUACUUAUUCCAGUACUCGGGCUGGAGGAACAUCCCCAAGAUAUUUUUGCCAAAACAGCUGAAGGCGGCAGACGGUGCUACUCACGCAGACGAUAUCUUCUACAUGUUCUCACACGAGAUUUUUGCUUCGAAUUUCGAGAUGAAAAUGAUAGAUCGCGUGACUACAAUGUGGACAAACUUCGCUAAGUAUGGGGAUCCCACUCCAGAAGGUUCCAGCCUUCCCAUAAAAUGGUUGAGGACAAACAGUACUACUCCUACAUCCCUGGUCAUAGACGAGGAGUUUCACACCGCCCCGCUGUGGUACAACAACCGGAUCAUCUAUCUAAGGGAGCUGUACUCCAAGUUUAGAAGAAAAGAUACCAUUAUUUUACAAUAGUUUAGUUAGUAUGUCAAUUGUUAUUUAAUCUUAAGUUUAUAGGGACUUUUUAAUUGGUAUGUUGCCAACCUAGUCAUUUUUGUUUAGUGCAAACUUAGCUACAAGAAUUUACAAAAGUUGGUUGUGAUUCAAGUAUUGGGGAUAUUAAUUAUAAGUUUGUAUGAGUGUGUAUUUGAAGAAAGCAAAUGCAAAGAAAGCGGGAGAUGAUUAGCAGAAGCCAUAGUAGAAUUAGUUCCCCGCCGACGAGCCGAACUACCGCCAUUUGCCACAACUAAGGCUCCUUUAUCUAUUGACCUCUGCUCGUAAACUGAAGGGACACUCGAGUGCAUUCUCUAAUUAGGGCAGCCAGGACCUUCCGAGGGUCGACCAAGUGGAACUUUGAACAUUCCCCGACCAGGAAUUAUUUAUUUUAUUGUCGGAAUGAAAAGUCACCGAUGCGUUGAGAAUUCCUUCAGCGAUUGUCUUGGGCUUUCAUUAAUUUUAAAACUCCAUUAAGCAAUGGGUUCCUUGAAAAUGUUCAUGUGCA